GUCAUGUAUCAAUCACAAGAUAUUGCCGUUAGUAAUACGCAGUAUGGAGUUUUGGAACUGUUUCAGGUUGGCAAUCUGUAUAACAUUUUAUGCAAAGUGUGUGCAAUUAGUAACGGAGACUGUUACAUCAAAGACGUUUGAAACACAGACAGCAACAGUUACUCCAAACACUACAUUGCCAAUAUCUACUGACACGAUAGAAGAAUUAACAGAACAAACCACUCGGAAUGAACUCACCUCUACAUUAGACACUUCUGAUGCAGUGCCAACAAUUGAAAAGAUCCAUGUUCCUACGGAAUUGCUCUAUCAAGACAGGACACUUUGUUUUCCAGCAGAAAUUUAUACGGCGAUUCAAGCGGGUGUCAUUGUUAUUGUAGCUGUUGUUGCAGGAGUCAUCGCAUUGUUCCGGAGAAAGAAACAGUUACAACAUGAGACUAGUUUCAAGAAUAGCCUUUACAAGAGUUCAAAGAGUGACGUUCCUAACCGUACAAUGAGUUCUAAGAGUGAAAUUCCUAACCGUCCAGUGGAAAACGAUGAUGACUACUUAAAUACAUCAUUAGAGAGUGACCUCCCAAGUCGUGUUGCAGCAAAGACUAACAACGACUAUAUAAGUGAACUGUUACAGAGUCAAAUCCCAAGAAGUAACGCAGCAGACGCUGUCGAAUGUUUAAGCGGACUUUUACAGAAUAACGUCCAUGGUUUGAAUGUGACUCACGCUGAUGUUAACAACGAUAACAUAACCGACCCAAGAGUUCACAGUGGCUCUGCAGCGGUUCAUAAUUACGUAACCAAACCAAGUGUUCACACUGGCUCUGUCGCUGUCCAUGAUUACGUAAAAGAACCGGGUGUUAACACUGUCUCGGUAGCGGUUCAUGAUUACGUAAACGAACCGAGUGUUCACACUGGCUCUGUAGAGGUUCAUGGUUGCGUAAACGAACCGAGUGUUCACAUUGGCUCUGUAGCGGUUCAGGAUUACGUAAACAAACCGAGUGUUCACACUGGCUCUGUAGCGGUUCAUGAUUAUGUCAACGAACCGGGUGUUCGCACUGUCUCGGUAGCGGUUCAUGAUUACGUAGAUACCAAUUACGACGAAUUAGUAAGUCAGCGUGUAGAUGAGCAUUGCUACGUUCCACUGACAACGUAACCUAAAUCAAACGUUGGACUUCUUGUACUUACUCUUUAUUAACAACUUGCCAGAUUGUUGUCUAAGUUGCCAUGACUACCAGGACUCAAGCACUCAGGCAAAGACACGCGCUGCAAAAAGGACACAGCACCUGUUUACAAAAAAAUGAAAAUCAAGUUUUAAAUCUUUUAAAAAAUGCACUCAAAUGUAAUUAUAAUAAUAUAUUUCUUAAAAACCAAUCUAAGUAUAUAAUGUUAAAUAAAUAUGUAUAAGUCAUUA